AUGUCGCCGCCAUCCGUGCACUCCAGUGGGGGGGCGGUGCCGAUUGAAGAUGGAGGAAAGGAGGUGGAGUUCGCCACUCCACCCAGUGUCCACAUCGACCACCUGGAUGCUAAUCACGAUGAUGCGCCAUUCCGGUUCCACAAGAUCGACGACAUCGUUGGGCUGGCCUCGCCGCGUGGUCUCGCGUCGCGGGCAUUAAUUGCAGAGGAGCUGCACGUUGUAAGUUCUGAUGAGCCGAUCUCUUUUGCUGAAGCAAAGGGCCAUCCGAGCUGGAGGAAGGCUAUGGAGGAGGAGAUGGGGUCGAUCGAGGAGAACCGCACCUGGUCAUUGGUUGACCUCCCACAUGGUCGCCGGGCGAUCAGGUUGAAGUGGGUGUACAAGGUGAAGCGGGAUGAAAACGGAGCUGUGACGAAGUACAAGGCGCGCCUAGUGGUGAAGGGCUAUGUGCAACGCCAGGGGAUCGACUACGACGAAGCUGUAAGAGGGCUGUAA